GUGCGUCCUGCGCCUUUUGUUGGAGCUGUCAUGCACUAGGAGCUCCGUGCUCGUCUUCCGUCCACCAGGAGCAGCGGAGCGGCGGAGCAGCAUGCAGGCGGAGGACGCAGGCUGCGCCGCGAGCGGCAGCAGCGGCUCCGUAGACGGCGGCGGAGGCGCAGGAGAGCGGACGGACAGGACGGAGCCCGCCGAGCCUCAGGCUCGAAUCAACAACCCGCAGCAGACGUCCUCCUCGGCGUCCGGGGUGCUGGAUAAACUGUUUGGGAAGCGCCUCCUGCAGGCCAGACACUACAUCAUGUCUCGUAAAUCCUGGCUGAAGAUGGUGCCAACAAAAAACUGUGACAUCCUAAUGACUUUCCCAGAUAUGAUCGACGACCACACGCUGCUGUGGCUCCUAAAUCAGAUUCGUGUUGGGAUCCCACAGGUCAGCAUUCAGGUUCGACAGCAUAAACACACCCAGGCACACGCCUUCUUCAUCACAACAACUUUUGAGAAUUUGCUGCGGGGUGCGGAGCAGAUGGGUAUGCACAAAGCUGUCAAACCGCAGUUUGGUGGCGGGAUGCGACGUUUCUCCUGUGACGAGGACAACAUCUACGAGAACAUAGAGAGGGAACUCUGCUUUUUCACCUCACAGGAGCGUCAGACCAUCAUAAAGUAUUGGCUGGACAACCUGAGAGCAAAACAGGGGGAGGUGCUUCACAACAUCCACUUCCUGGAGGGACAGCCAAUCAUUCCAGAGCUGGUGGCUCGAGGUGUGAUCCAUCAGAUGUUUCCUCUCCACGAGCAGAGGAUUCUCAACCAGCUGAUGACGUCGUGGGUCCAGGCCGUGUGUGAACGACAGCCCCUGGACGAUAUCUGUGACUACUUUGGCGUUAAGAUCAGCAUGUAUUUUGCCUGGUUGGGUUUCUACACAAACUCCAUGCUUUACCCUGCCAUCAUCGGCUUCCUGCUCUGGAUAUUAGCAGAGGCCGACCAGACCAGUCAGGACAUCUGCUGCGUGGUCUUUGCACUCUUCAACGUUGUGUGGGCGACUCUGUUUCUGGAGCGCUGGAAGAGACGAGAGGCGGAACUAGCCUACAGGUGGGGCACCCUGGACACGCCCACUGAGUCCUUAGAAGAGCCCCGCCCCCAGUUCAGGGGAGUGAAGCGGUGCAGCCCCAUAACAGGUUGUGAGGAGUUCUACUACCCGCCCUGGAAGAGAUCCCUGUUCAGGUGGCUGGUCAGCCUGCCCAUCUGCCUCCUCUGUCUCUGCUUCGUCUUCCUUGCUAUGCUCCUAUGCCUGGAACUCCAGGAAGUGGUGAUGGAGAUUCAUGAGCUUCCUGGUGUCACCAGAUUUAUUCCUAAAAUUCUUCUGGCCAUUACUGUGACCAUCUGUGAUGAAGUGUAUAAAAAGAUUGCCUAUUGGCUCAAUGACAUGGAAAACUACAGACUUCAGAGUGCCUAUGAGAAUAAUCUCAUCAUUAAGAUGGUUUUUUUUGAGUUCAUCAAUUCUUACCUGAGCCUUUUCUACAUUGGAUUCUACCUCAAGGACAUGGAACGACUCAAGGAGAUGCUGGCUACUUUACUGAUCUUCCGCCAGUUCCUCCAGAACAUUAAAGAGGUGCUCCAGCCUUACCUCUAUGAGCAAAACAAGCUGGGAGUCUUUACCCCUAAAGUUCUGUGGGAGCUCCUUCAAGCCAUCAUGCUCAAGUACAGCCGCCUUGCUCUCGGAAAAGCCCAGGCAUCAAUGAUGUCUUAUUCCUUCCUUGGGCCCAGAGGCAUCCCUGUCAGUCACACUGUUAAUGGUAACCCUUUGCCAAAGAAGAGAGGCGAUCUCAAAGCUGGAUUCAGACUGACAGAGGAAGAGUGGGACAUGACUGACAGCAGUCUGAAGCACCGAAAAGUCAGCUUCACAGAGAAGGUUGACUACCAAGAUGCCGCAACUGAAACACAGGUGGUGGAUGACAGCUUUCUUGAGGACAGCCCAACACUGGUCGAAGAAGGGAUGGAUCCAACCAGUAUUUUUGACAGCUGUGAUGACGACAGCGAUUGUGAGACACAGGCUCAAGAGAUCAAGGAUAAUGCAACUAUGUCACCUUCAAAGGAACGUGAGAAAAAAAACAAUGGAACAGAGGGGAAGGAGGACAAGAAGUCAUGGAUUGAUCCACCUGAAGAACGCAAAACAGUCACUUUGACCCAGGCAGAGAUUGAGAGCUGUAUGCAAACAUAUGAGGAUACUCUCCAGGACUACCAAGAAAUGUUCAUCCAGUUUGGUUAUGUGGUGCUGUUCUCCUCGGCGUUCCCCUUGGCGGCCAUGUGUGCUCUCAUUAACAACAUUAUUGAGAUCCGCAGUGAUGCUUUGAAGCUCUGUACAGGCCUGCAGCGGCCCUUUGGACAGAGGGUUGAGAACAUUGGACAAUGGCAGACCGCAAUGGAGGCCAUGGGGUUGAUAGCUAUCAUUGUGAACUGUUACCUGAUUGGUCAGUGUGGUCAGCUGCAGCGUCUCUUCCCCUGGCUGAGUCCUGAGAUGACGAUCAUCUCUAUUGUCUUACUGGAGCACUUUGCAAUCCUCCUAAAGUACAUCAUCCAUGUUGCCAUCCCUGAUAUCCCUGACUGGGUAGCAGACGAGAUGGCCAAGCUAGAGUACCGAAGAAGGGAAGCUUUCAAGAAGCAUGAGCAGCAAGCCCAGCAGCAUUUCCAGCAGCAACUCAGACGAAAGCGUGAAGAGGAGGAGCUUCAGCGACACAAUGAGCUGCAGGUUGAGCUGCGUCAGGAGAGCGAGUAUGCAAAGCCAGACACCCAUCAUCAGCAUGACAAAGCGGGAGGAGGAAAGCCAGGGGACAAGCCUAAGCGACCCAGCUCUCUGCUGGGAAACAACAACGUGAUGAAGCUGAAGCAGAUCAUUCCUCUCCAGGGGAAGUUUUCCUCUGGCACAUCACGCUCCCCAGCCCAGUCACCCACAGGAGGUGAAGCAAAACUCCCUGGAUUUCUCAAGUUUCUGAAGUCACCUGAGGUGAAAAAAGAGCCAGCAGUUGCAGCUGGAGUGACCUCGGCGUCAACAGUGAGCUCUUCAGCUUCACAGAGUGGCCAAGAGAGGUCGCAGUCCCCCAGUAGGACAUUCAGUCCCGGGAAACUGUUCCAUUUCAGCAAGUCAGAGGGUACGGUGGUGUGUGUAAACGGUACGCAGGCUGCCAACGCUCAGCCCAACAGGGCUGACUUAAAUACCACGCCAGAGGAACUACCCUCCAACGAGGCCGAGAAGGAAACGAGACAGUCAACAGAUUUAGAAAACUCUAGCUCAAGGAGUUAAUAAACAUUAACCAAACAUCCAUCCAUCUAUUUCCUAAACCCGCUGAAACGCGGGGUACACCCUGGACAGGCCGCCUGUCUGUAGACAGACAAACUCACUGAUACUCACACCUACAGACAGUUUAGAGACUCACCAGUUCACCUCACGUGCAUGUGUUUUUAAGUGGGAGAAACCCAGAGCACCCGGAGGAAACCCACUCAAACACGGAGAGAAGUUGCAAAUUCGACACAGGAAGGACCAGGUGGGAAGCAAACCCAUAAUUAUCUCCCACUGUGAGACAACAGUGCUAAACAUGAAACCACCGUGCUGCCGUUCUCCAAACAUACAGGUGGAAUAUUAUAAC